AUCUUCAUUCCACAUAACAUCAUGGGUGGUCAACCUACAUCACUGCUUUUACUACUGUCACUUGUACAAUAUGUAAUGGCAGAUGAUACAUGUCUUAGCAGGGGACAACUUUUUGGAGUCAUAUUUGGAUCUGUUGCUGCUGCUUUCUUGAUUUCAGCUGCUCUUGCUAUUAUUUUAUACAUUUGGUACAGAAGAUCAAGUACAAUUAGAGAAACAGAUGAAAAAUCAGCAUAUGCCAACGAUGCCUGUGACGUCGAAGAUAAAGGAUGUGAUGCUCCAAAAUCAAUUAAUAAGGACAAAAUGACAAUGAUUGAUUCAUUCAAGCUGAAAAGGAAAAUGGAAGAUUCAGGAACUCAGAAAGCAUACUCUAUGGAAUUUUUGAAUGAGGUCGAGGGAAAAGUUGGUGUCCAACUACGUGGUGUAGAUAUUGGAGGACUUGGAUUCAAUAUUCAAGGAAAUAUGAAUGAGGGAAUAUUCGUGAAAGAAAUCAUCUCGAAGGGAAUUGCUGAACAAUGUGGAAAUAUUUUAGUUGGAGACAAAAUCAAAUCUUUAACUAUUAACUUUGAGAAUAUGGUUUAUGAGGAUGCAGUUACUCUAUUGAGUUAUUCUUCUCCAUACAAGGUGAAGCUCGAGCUUGAAAGAAAACUUUCUGAUUCUGCAUCAGUCAGUGAUAGUGAUGAUGACAAAGAAAUGAGAUACCACCCACUGUUCCGAAGCAAUACUCUUACACAUGUCCACUUUAACCCACUGGGAACCAUUUCAACUCCAACAUCAAUUGCUACAACUCCACAAAGAUGUACUUCAACUGAUUCCAAACAGAAGCACGCAUUGCCACCACAGAGAGAAAUCAUCGAGCCAGACUCUACAACUUGUGCAGAUGAUAACAGUCAAGCUCGUGAUGCUGAUAACAGUCGAAUGGAUAGCAGUGAUUACGGUAGUGAUGGAAUAUCGGAUUGUCGAGAGAGCACAGCAAGUGAUGGAACACAAAAGACAUUGAGCGAUAGAAUUGAAGUUACUGAUAUCAUAUUUGAUAAGGUAAAGUCUCCAACUCCGCCACCAUUGAGAAAGUUGGAGCAAUGCACCGAACUGCCUCCAAAACCAAGAAAGAUGGUUUCCAGAUCACCAUCACCAGUUAACAAACCACCACCUUCUCCAAAAGUGAGCAGAGCAACUAGUCCAAAGAAAUCUCAACAAGUGGAAGAUUCAACUCAAACAACCCAACUCUCCGCUGAAACUAGACCAACACAGACUGAAAAACCAAUUGCACCUGUUCCACCACCAAUCAGCUCAAUUCCAGUUAGAAAGGAGAUGGAAACACAGACUAAGACUCCACCACCAGAUCAAACUGUAGUCGAAAAGAUUGUUGAAAUAGCUCCAGUCGAGAUUAAAGAGGAUGAUUCAAAGGGUCCAGAGAUUACUGAAGCUAGAAUUUCAAGGAUUCCAAAAAGAUCAGAUAGCAUAAAAACUCCAGUUAUUGAGAGAAAGUUGCCAUCUUUACCUAAAAGUGUGACACAAAGAAGUCACAGUGCUGAUAAGAACGACAAUGUGUGGAGUCGGUUAUACCAAGAAAAGAAAGGAAAUUUACGAAAAACUCGUGACGUUUCUUCUCCACCAACUGCACACACAUCUGGAAUUCCAACACCGUCAAGAUCAAGCAUCACAUCUACAGUAACUGCUACAGUAGGGAAGACCCCCAGCACAGAUAAUGAAAAAUACGGUACAUUGACACGCGAGAAGCGUGACCGUUUGAUGGCGAACGACGCAGAAUUGGAGAGGCAGAGAGAGGAAUUGAGGAAAUUGGGAGUUUUAUGAAUCCCAUCCACUACAAGAUGAUUGUUAAAUUGUUCUUUUGGGUAUUUCACAGACAUAUUAUUUAUUUAUUUUUAUCUUCCAUUUUCUCGCUUCCAUCUUCCAAUUCCAGAUCAUAGACACAAGUGCACUUACUCUUGCCUUUCGUCAAGUUGUACAGAUUUACUGCCUUUUCACGAAAAUCUUAUAUAAAUAAAAACAUUAUUU